AUGAAUGAAACUAAUAUAGCAUCGAUUGUCUUUGGUAUUGUAGCUGGUUUUUAUAGUACUGUCUUUUUACUUUUUCUAUCGGAUGUUGUUCAUUUAAAUAAAGAAGUGAUGAAAAUGAAAUAUGAAUUAGACGAUAUUAAAAAUCAAACUAUUAUGUUUAAUCGUUCAUUUCUAAUUGAUUCACCAAAAAAUAUUUUAUCAUCAAAAAAAACUAUUUCAGGAAAAAUAUGUUUUUCAUAUAAUGAACAACGUCAAAUACUUGAAUAUAUUAAUUUUAUAUGUAAUAUGGCUAUACUUCUAUUUGGUAGUUAUUCAAUAUAUAUACAUGGUAUUGGAACACAUCAUGGUCUUGCUUAUCGUUUAAUUUUUUUUGUAUUUAAGUUAUGUACUAUAGUUUUAUCAGUUUGGCUCAAUCUUUAUUUUGAAAAAGGUUUACCAAGUGAUAUAUUUUUGUAUAUAUGGAUUGAUGUUAAUUGUGUUGCAUCAGUAUAUCAUAGUUUGUAUCAAAUAAUGUAA